CGUCGUAUUGCUGUUUGUUUUGGUAAUAGCGGCGUAUAAAAUAGAAUUUUAUUUUAUUUCUGAAAUGGCCUCAGCAGUGAAAAGGCCACAUUCCGUCACGGAAACCAUCGAGGUGGCACAGAAGUCUUCGAAAAAAAUUCGUAUUCAAACAACAGCCAAAAAUGGCACGGGCAGUCGAAUAUUGCAAGUAUUGGUAUCUUUGGAGGGAGUUCCGUCCGGACACGGUCAACAGAGUAGUAAGGAAUUGUUGGAAGUUCUAGUAAAGAUUGCCGAUGAGUUAGUUUUGGAAGAUGCACAAGUUGGUGAAAUACAAGAUGUUAUACGCCGCCUAAUGGAAAUAUUCCGUCAAGAACGUGAUGGAGACACCACUGUGCGGGUCAAGAUUCUUGGCUUGCUUGCCGAUUUCUCUGAUGUGCGAGUACCCGAAGUGGUAAACGCGUUAAUCGAUGGAAUUAUUGCCGUCUUGAAGCAAGAGCGAUCACAGAAAGUAAUCGCACAAGGGUUGUACAGUCUACACAAGAUUGGUAUAAACAAUUUAAAACUAUUACCAUCAACGCAUGUCAUCAAAAUUGCGCACUUUGCCCAACAACAACUCACUUCCGACUCUCAUCAUACUCAAAAAUAUGCCUUGUUGGUGUUAUCAGCGUUUGUUACAUUAAAUGAUGCCCGGAAAGGAGUAAUGGAUCUAAUAGGGCACUAUGCAGAUUCACAAGAUUCGGGAGUACGCUCGCAAGCACUGCGUUCGAUUUUGUGCUUAGGGGAACGCGGUGCUACUUUAUCACCAAAUCUCUAUCAACGAGCUGUGGAAGCAAUGAAAGACGACUACGAAUGUGUACGGAAGGAAGCUUUACAAUUAGUUUUUCAACUUGGUGUAAGCCAUCCGGAUCACAUGAUAGCUAGUGGCGGAGAUGAAGACGAGGAAAUACGUUUAAUUGAUGCGGCGUUUGGUAAAGUCUGUGGAGCACUCUGCGAUCUUUCCAUACAAAUACGUACACAAGCUGCAGAACACUUAGGUCUCAUGACUCAAGUCAGCUCUGAAUUCCUGCAUCAGACGCUCGACAAAAAGUUAAUGAGUAAUUUACGUCGUAAGAAAACGGCCCAUGAGCGUGGUGCGCAGUUGGUGGCGAGCGGUGAGUGGUCGACUGGUAAACGUUGGGCUGAUGAUGCACCACAGGAACGACUGGAUUCCAAAUCGAUCUCGCUGGUGGCUAGUGGCGCGUGUGGUGCUUUAGUGCAUGGUUUAGAGGACGAAUUUUUAGAAGUCCGUACAGCUGCUGUAGAUUCCAUGUGCAAAUUAGCGUUAAGCAAUCCAGAUUUUGCGGUGACCUGCCUGGACUUUCUAGUAGAUAUGUUCAACGAUGAAAUCGAAGAUGUGCGCUUGAAGGCAAUUUAUAGCCUCACUGCAAUAGCUCGUCACAUUGUAUUACGCGAGGAUCAACUGGAAAUUAUGUUAAGUUCUUUAGAAGACUACUCGGUUGAUGUACGUGAGGGGUUGCACUUAAUGCUGGGUGCUUGUCGCGUCUCCACACAGGCAUGCCUCUUAAUGGUUGUUCAAAAAUUACUUGAUGUGCUCUCCAAGUAUCCGCAAGAUAAAAACUCUACUUUCGGCUGUAUGCGUAAAAUUGGACAAAAGCAUCCUAACCUCUGUAUGGCCGUCACUUCCCACCUUUUGCAAGAUCAUCCAUUUUUUGAUAGCGCGGAACGCGAUGUGGAAGAUCCUGCAUACCUUUGCAUAUUAAUUUUACUCUUCAACGCCGCCGAGCAUCUGGUGCCGUUAAUCAGUCUGUUUCCAGAUGUAACACUGAAACAUUAUGCCUACCUGCGAGAUGCAAUGCCUCAAAUUGUGCCUCAACUACCCAUAGAAGGUGCUUCUACUACAAAGCCCAUCAACCCCUUAAAAGGCGCAGAGAGCUCUCGGGAGUACUUGAAUACAAUACUCCAACAUAUACAUGACAUUUUUAGUAUAGUGCGCGAUAGAGUUCCCUUAUUGAAAACGGCCCAGUGCAAUCUGCAGCGGCUGGGUGAAAUCGACCCGGAAAUGUAUGGUACCGCAAACUUCUUAGAAACAUUCUUGGCCGCGCAAAUACAAUUGGAUCAGCUGCAAAGCUGCACAACUACGCAGCGCAGUCGCGCACCACUAAAGGAGUCCUUGGUGCAACUCAUUCGCAAUUGCUUAAAAUUGCAGCACAUCUUCUCAGGGCUCACCUACGGCGAUAUGUUGCUUGUCAAACAAAUUUGCUUGCGUGCAUGUGCACUACAUCUGGUACUUAUCGUGAGGGAUCGCUCACAAAGCGCGCUUGGGCCUUGCCAGAUGCUACUCCAGACGGCUGCAGAUAUUAGUAAUUUCCUUGACGAAAAGGAAGAAUUUCAACCAGAUCCCUUUACGACUUCGUUGCUUACGCAGUUGGGUAACAUUUCUGAUCCAAAACCGGGACGUGUAUUUCGUGAAAUUUUGCCUUUGGUACAAAGCGCUUCGCCGGUGCGUAUGCCUCCGGCGAACGUCAACAUACGUAUGUGUGUUGCACGCAUUGUCGAGCCGUGUGCUCAAAUGGCGCAGGACAACGUUAUUAAAGUAACCGCUGGUUUGAUUGCAGCGCUGCCCUUUGUUGCCGAAUUCGAUAACUUGCAGGAAACACAGAAGCAGGAAAUGCGUAUUAAAAUUAAAUAUCCCGAUCAACACGUGCAUACAGUCGUACCAAAGCUGGCCGACUUUAAGAAAAUUAUGACCGAGCAGGGCGAACAUGAGACCAGCAUGCGAUUGCGCACCACUAUUCUGCUCUCACACAGCGUUUGGACGGAGGCAUCGUCGGUGGAUAUUACGCUGUGUCUAGCUGUGCGGCCGGGCACUGAGUUGGAGUUGUGCAAACCGGCGAAAAUAUUAUUCGCACCGAAACCAGUACGACGUGGAGUGUAACAUGGAAAUGGAAAACGGUUUUCAGUAUGUAGGUUUAUUUGUGUGUAUAUUUUCGUUAAUGAAUUCAGAGUAUUUCGCACAGCAACAUGUGUAACAAAAUUAAAUAGCACCGUUAUAUAUUUGCAAAACAACAGAACAUUUAUUUUCUCAACAACAAAAAAGGCACUACAUCAAUGAUAAUUUAACAAAAACAUUUGAUUGUAUUAAAGUUUACAUAAGUUCCCAAAUAUCUUGCAUAGAAUUG